AUGUUUAUAGACAUCAAGUCCUCAGAAUGUAAUAGGGAGAAUACUGAUGCUGGUAACGAACUAAAGAAGAAAGGUUAUACUAUUACUAGCAUACUUUGCAAUAAUAAUAAUGAUAUUAAAGUGUAUAACGCAUCUGCGGUUGAAUCUGAUAAACCAUUAAUUAUAAAAAUAUUAUCCCAUGGUACACAAAACGAAACACCUGGUUCUGGUCUUAUCGAUUCUUUCCCAUUAAGCAAUGGAGGCUGGUGCCAGGUUUUCGCACCCAAUGAUCGUGUCCAAGAAGGAGCUGAUUAUUUCAGUUAUUGUUCAGAAGAGGAAGAGGUCGAGAGUAUACAAGAAAUCGCUGAUAAUAAGGGAAAAAGUGAAAUGCAACAGGAAACUAAAAAAGAUGAUCCUGAACCAAUUUUAAAUUAUUCUAAAACUAACAUUCCAUUUACUGUCAAACCACAGUUCCUAGAACCAAAAGGUACCGGAAACCGUAAUAAUAAAUGCUUCCCCAGAACGCCAAUGUUACACGUGUCACAUUCUCAUAAUAAUAAUGGUAGCAGUGUAAGUACCAACGGCAUUACUAAACCAUCUUCCUCGUCUGCAACAUUCAAAAAUGUAUCAAAACCAAUAAUCCGUACCCCUAUGCCUAAAUGCAUCGAGAAGCUUCGAAAGUCUGCAUACGACAGUAUUACUGCCGAAAGUGACGACUCGAGCUAUACGUCAUAUGAUUCAGAAUCUGAAUCAGAAACAGAUGGUGAUUCAGCAUCAGAGUCAGAAUCAGACACAGAAUCAGAAGUUGAACCAUCAGAAAACACUUCCAAUUUAAACGUAACUCAAAAUAAACAAAAAUCUCCUAUAAUAAAAUCUGUUCCAAAAAAUAUGUCAACUCGUUUAUCUCCAAUUUUACAACAUGUUCAAUUAACUCCACAUCAUGCAUACGAACAAAAACAACAUCAUAUUCUUAUACAGACUCCUUUGAUUCAAGUCUUUCAUGACUCUAGUAAACGUAUAAGGAAAACUCCCAUACCACAUGACUGUUCAAUAUUCUCAAGCAAAGGUUUGGAUUUGCUUAACAAAGAAAAUCUAGCAACGACAACAUCAACUAGUCCAUUGGCUAUGCCCGGUUACAGCAAUACUAACAAUAGCAAUAACAGUAGCCAUGGUGCUAUGCCUAAGACAGAUUUCCAAUUGAAAAUGGUUCAAAGUUCAAUGUUGAAAAGAAGAAAUUCAAAAUGUGUAUAA